UUCUCAGCCCUUCUCUUCAGUCGCUAGCUAACUAAGCUAGCAGAGGGUGUCUUCUCCAACUCCAGAAGUGUCCAAGACUUCUCGCUUUUUGUCUACGUCGAUAACCUCAGUUUUCACUCCUUCUGCCUUUCUAGGCAUGGAUGACAGCUAUACCCGGUCAUGGCAUUACGACAUUACACCCUUGACUUCACCCUCGCUGUGCCAGCUAAUUGUUCUUCCACAGUGCAUGGGUUGCAGCCCAUAUUUCAAGAGCAGGAAAUGACAGAGACAGUUCAUGAUACUGAGGGGCAUGGAUACCUAGCUACCUUCAUUGGAAAGAAUGGCAGGUUUGUAGUUCUGCGUGUGCACUCCCAUGGUUUGGUCACCCUGGACUUGCAGUGUUGUGAAGGGGACAACAUAGGGCAAGUAGACAAUCUUUUGAAUGCGCUGGAAAAGAAGCUGAAGAGUCUCCUAGAUGGCAACAUUAGGAGGAUCAAGAGGCUGCCUGCUCUUACACGAGGGGCUGUUGUUGAUCGAUACUGGCCCACUGCUGACGGCAGGCUGGUGGAGUAUGACAUAGACCGGGUUGUGUAUGAUGAGGACUCUGCUUACCAGAACAUUAAGAUCAUGCACUCCCAGCAGUUCGGCAAUAUCCUAAUCCUCAACGGGGAUGUCAACCUUGCAGAAAGUGACCUGCCCUACACCCAAGCCAUAAUCGGUGGUGGGCGAGAGAACUACACUGGGAAGGAGGUGCUCAUCCUAGGGGGUGGAGAUGGAGGUAUCCUCGCUGAGGUCCUCAAACUGAAGCCAAAGAUGAUAACCAUGUUGGAGAUCGACCAGAUGGUAAUUGAUGGUUGCAGAACACACAUGAGGAAGACUUGUGGAAGUGUCUUGGACAACUUAAAAGGAGAUUCUUACCAGAUCUUAGUGGAGGACUGUGUUCCUGUGCUAAAGAAAUAUGUGGAGGAAGGUAGGACAUUUGAUUAUGUCAUCAAUGACCUUACAGCAGUUCCCAUCUCUACAGCUCCAGAGGAAGACUCGACAUGGGAAUUCCUCCGUCUGAUCCUGGAUCUCUCCAUAAAAGUAAUGCGACCCAGUGGAAAGUAUUUCACACAGGGUAACUGUGCAAACCUGACUGAAGCUCUGAGUCUUUACGAGGAGCAACUGGGAAGGCUGUCAUUUCCAGUAAACUUCUCCAAGGAGGUAGUAUGUGUGCCCUCCUACAUGGAACUGUGGGUUUUCUACACAAUUUGGAAGAAAUAAAGGCAUCUCCCUUUCCUAUUUGACCCCACCCUGAUGGAAGGUGAAGAAUUUGUACUGUAGUACCAACAGGGAAAGACAACACUGUUUUACCAUUGCUCCAUAUAUUACUGGUUCUGUGUCUUUUACCCUUUUUAAAUGUUUGUUUUUAUUGUUUCAUGUCUAAACAAGAUUGUGUUAUCGUUUGUCCUGAUAUUUUAUGUAGGGUUGUUGUUUGCAUGUAGCUGACUGGGAGACCCCCUAGAUAUGACUUUUUGUCUAUUGUACUUUCAACCAGACCCUCUUUGACUGUUCCUUUCAUUUAUGUAAGAAGUAUUUACAUUUAGUAUGGUUUUGGGUUGUGUGAUAUAGUUAAAUCAGAUGGAUGCUUGUGCAUUUCAUUCUUUGUUUUCAAGCUUGUGCUAUCAAAGAUGUGGAGUGUCAACCUACCCGAUGAGGCUGAAGUAUCAUACUGCAUUAUAAAGGGAAAAGGGUCAUUCUCUGUAUCAGUUCCUUGCUUGAACAGCAUCUGUGUGAUGGUUGUUUGUAUUAUGUAGCGCCUCCUACUGGAUCUUAUUUUUACAUGAUCAGUAGAGUUUUCUACAAAUGUUUGAAGUCCAUGUACUGGGAGAGGUAAGUUUUUAUUUUGUGUAGCAUGCUUAUACACAAUGCACAUUCAAGCCUUCGAUAAUUGUUGUGGUGCUUUAUGUUUUUAUUUAUUUGGUAUUAUUUCACCAAAGGCAGUUUUAUCCCAUUAGUAAAAAUUACAUUUUGUUUAGUAGUGACAAGUUAUUAAAAGUGAGCUGCAGAAUCUUUUUGGGAAGACCAUGUUCUUGUAGUUUAUUUUCAUCAGUCAUGGCAAAAGUAUGUACAUGCAGUCAUUAGGUUCAUUCUGUGGUAAAAGUACAUUGUACUCGCCCUUCCUCGCCCUUCCUGAAGAAGGGCGAGUACAAUGUUGUUACUCUUUGAAGAAGUCAGUGUGUGUCGGUGUCAGCAAAGCAAUGAUACAAUUUUGUGGUUUUUGUUCCA